CUGAGCAUUGGCAGCAGAGUGUGUAGCUCAUUGCUGAACUGCCCAAGCAAAUGGACGGAGACCAGGAAGAUAGUGUAUCCGGUGCCAAAAGUGGCGAGCCCUCCCCGACAGGCAUCAAUAUCGCUAAUGCCAGUGGCUUCUCUCCAAACCGUUGGGUCAAGCUGAAUGUUGGUGGUCAGAUAUACGCCACCACCAUCGAUACUCUGGUAGGCAGGGAACCGGACUCCAUGCUAGCACGAAUGUUCCUGCAAGAUGGCAGCAUAAUGCCAAGCGAGCGGGACGAGCAAGGAGCUUUCCUAAUUGACCGGAGUCCUCGGUAUUUCGAGCCGAUCAUCAACUACCUACGCCAUGGCCAAUUCGUUUGUGACUCUAACAUCAGCGUACUGGGCGUCCUGGAGGAGGCAAGAUUCUUUGGUAUAUUUUCACUUGUUACCCAUUUAGAGGAGCGCCUGGGACAACAAGAGGCUCCGCUGGGUGACAAGCCACUGACGCGCAACGAUGUAAUCAAGGCCAUCAUUCAGACCUCCGUCAUAACGGAACUGCGCUUUCAAGGUGUAAAUCUUUCAGGUGCGGAUCUUCGAAAACUUGACUUCCGCAACAUCAACUUUAAGUACGCAAACAUGUCGCACUGCAAUUUGUCACACACCAAUUUGUCUCACACCUGCUUGGAGCGAGCGGAUCUUCAGUAUGCAAACUUGGAGUGUGCACAACUAGUUUCAGUUCGAGGGCUUUGCGCGAAUAUGGAAGGUGCUAAUUUGCGUGGGUGUAAUUUCGAAGAUCCAACAGGAGUGCGCACCAAUCUAGAAGGUGUUAACCUCAAAGGAGCUUGCCUGGAAAGUAGCAACAUGGCCGGUGUUAAUUUACGAGUAGCAAAUUUGAAAAACGCAAAUAUGAAAAAUUGCAACUUGCGAGCCGCAGUCUUGGCAGGUGCAGAUUUGGAAAAAUGCAACCUUUCAGGCAGCGACUUGCAGGAGGCCAAUUUGCGGGGUGCUAAUUUAAAGGACGCAGAGCUUACUUUAAUGGUGACCCCAUUGCACAUGUCGCAGGCCAUACGAUGAUUUACACAAUGGGGAUAGUAUUUGUGCAAUUACAUAUCACAUACUGGAUGUUGAUGAUUAUAACUUAUAGGUUUAAGAUUAUUGUUUGUAAAUACUUUAAAUUUUAACCAUAGCCCUAAGAAUAAACAGUAUUAAGAUUCCAAUUAAACAACUAUUUAAAUUUAUAGAAAUUAUAGAAGAAUUCAAUUCAAUUUAUUGCCGUACAUGUUUACCGCAAUCAAAAUAUAACGGUCUUUCUAUUAUUUUGAUAUGAAAUAUUCCACAGCUACUUUAAAAAAUCGCACGAUUUUCUUAUAAUUUUCAAAUAUUAAAAGGAUGAUAUUAACUAGAGUUAAUAUUUUCUGAAUUUUUUAAUUGUAUAACAAAUUAAGAUGGCCAACUUAACAAAGAUUGGGAAAAUACACGCUUACCGUGAAUAUGUAAAAUUAUUUUAACAUUACCUGGCGUGAUUUCAAUGAAAUAGAGCAUUCAAAUAUUCUCCACUUAUUAUAAAAUUAACAGAAAAAAAAUGUGUAUCUCUUUUUUCAUUUUAGAAAUGGCUAUUAAUUAAUUUCUCAUAUCAUCAGAGAUGGAAGUGAACAAAAUGAUUAAGCAUAUAUUCCGGCAUGCCAAGGGCCGUGUCUAUAAGCGGCUAAAACCUUUGAUAAAAAAAUGCAAAAUAUUAUUAUUCGAAUGGUAUCCCCUUUAAUCCUCUCUGUUAAGUCACUUCUAAGUGCCUUCCAGAAGUGACUUUGGCGAUAUCGUAUUCUCCCUCUUCUCGUGGGGAGAAAUGUGCCUCCUCGGCGACACUUCCUUUCGCAGAGAAGGACACUUUUCCAUCACCAUAAAGUAUAUAUGUAUAUUCUUGAUCAGCGUAACUAGAUGAGUCGAUCUAGCCAUGUCCGUCUGCCCGUCCGUUUCUACGCAAAGUAGUCUCUCAGCUUUAAAGCUAUCGAGCUGAAACUUUUCCGAAACUCUCCUUUUUACUUUUGCAGGUAGUAUAUAAGUCGGAACCAAUCGAAAAUCGAACGACUUAUCACAUAGCUGCAAUACUUCUUAUCGGAAAAUUAGUGGGAAAAUAAUGUGAAAUAAUAUAUAUCUGGUGUCUUGUAACAUAUAACCCCUACGCUUGGAAAUAGCAUUUUUUUAUAAAAAAUUUUUUUAUAAAAAAUGAAUGAAAUAAUCAUUUGAAAGUGCGAUUUCAGCCGCAAUGUUUUAUUAUUUUUAGUUUUUAAAUUUAGGCAGCUUAAGAAGAUUAAAUCUGUACACAAAUAAAUAAAAAUAAAUUGAAUUUCGGAA